CGCAUACACAAUACAAUAGUACAGGAUGUUGGCCCAACAAUCAUCUAACGCGGGUAUUCCCGACACAGUCAAGACUAUCUGCUGUAUUGGUGCAGGAUAUGUCGGAGGACCUACUAUGGCAGUUAUUGCCUACAAGGCGCCUCACGUGAAAGUCAUUGUCGUCGAUUUAAACCAGGCACGUAUCGACGCGUGGAACAGUGAUAAGCUGCCCAUCUACGAGCCAGGACUUGACGAGGUUGUCAAGGCCAGCCGUGGCCGCAACCUUUUCUUCACCACUGAUGUAGAUGCGUCUAUCAAGGAGGCAGAUGCGAUCUUUGUAUCUGUGAACACACCAACAAAGACCUUCGGAAUGGGCAAGGGUUGCGCCGCUGAUCUUAAAUACCUUGAGAGCGCUGCUCGUCGCAUUGCUGAGGUGUCCGAAUCUGGAAAGAUCGUUAUUGAGAAGUCCACAGUACCCGUAAAGUCUGCGGAAGCUAUCCGAGCCAUUCUAACCGCGAACACCAAGUCCAAGUGUCGUUUCACCAUCCUAUCUAACCCCGAGUUUUUGGCUGAAGGUACCGCCAUCCCUGAUUUAAUGGCUCCUGAUCGUGUGCUUAUCGGUGGUGAUGAGGAUGAGGAUGGCCAGAAGGCUGUCAAGGCGCUAUCAGCUGUCUACAACAACUGGGUGCCUGCCGAACGUAUUAUUACUACCAACACAUGGAGUUCCGAGCUUUCAAAGCUUACUGCUAACGCCUUCUUGGCCCAGAGAAUCUCUUCCAUCAACUCCAUCUCCGCUCUGUGCGAGGCUACCGGUGCUGAUGUCGAUGAGGUCGCAAACGCUAUCGGCAAGGACACACGUAUUGGAUCCAAGUUUUUGAAGGCGAGUGUAGGAUUCGGUGGCUCAUGCUUUCAGAAAGAUAUCCUCAACCUGGUGUACCUGUGCAAGACAUACAACUUGCACGAGGUUGCCGAGUACUGGCAGCAAGUAGUAGACAUUAACGAGUACCAGAAGAAACGUUUCUCACUCCAGAUCGUGCGCAGUCUAUUCAACACUGUCACGAACAAGAAGAUUGCCAUUAUGGGAUUCGCCUUUAAGAAAGACACCGGAGACACUCGCGAGUCUGCCUCCAUCGACGUCAUUAAGUACUUGAUGGAUGAGGGUGCAAACAUUGCUAUCUACGACCCCAAGGUUGAGGAGUCCCAGAUCGACAUGGAUCUCCUACCCCCAGGAGUUGAUGCUAAGGCAUCCGCUAAAGUUAAAAGCUUGUACACUAUCCACACCGACCCCUACGAGGCCGCCAAGGAUGCUCAUGCCAUUGUUGUGUGCACCGAGUGGGACGAGUUUAAGACUUUCGACUAUCAGAAAAUCUACAACGAUAUGUACAAGCCCGCUUUCUUGUUCGAUGGUCGCAAGAUCCUAGAUAUCGAGGCUAUGAAGACUAUUGGAUUCCAGGCCUCUGUUAUUGGCACAAAAUGUUAAGUCUGUUGCCAAAACAGGGACUAUUCCAAUCCAAUUGAAGAUAUCAAAGUCGGUCAUUUGAAACGGUUAUUUAAAGCAUGUGAGGAUAACCCCCCCCCCCCCCCCCCAACGUGUAUGCAGCAAAACGCAGCGUAUCUGUACGUUUAUAGGCGCUGUCGAGGAAGCUAAUUUAGUACUAUUGAGAGCACUUUGGUAAGAUUUUAAUAAAAGUCGC